UUUAUAGAGGCGCCUGGCGCAGUUUACGGUGCCGACACGGAAAUACUGGCCCGAGAUUUCGCCUCGACGUCGCCUUUAUCUCCCGAAAUCCCAACCAGUUUCUGAAUUUUUUAUUAUAUGCUCGACUCCACUUCCUCAGAUUUCUCCGUCCGAUCACGGAGAGAUCGAAGGAAGUCAAAGCUAAAGCAUGGUGAGAGUUUAAAAGGCUUUCAGCCAAUUAAUCACGCUGCAGUGCUCAAUUCCAUCCAUGGAUAGAUCCGGCAUUCCUCGGACGCCUCCCUACUCCCACGCCGCGCCGCCGACGGGGUAUCCUUCCGCCGGCGGAAAUCACAACCAGUCAAUUUCCCAACCGGUCUUAUUCUCCCUUGACUUGCUGCCUCCAUUAAUCCCCACCCCUCACCGUAAGUCCUCGCCGACUUCAUCCAUUUCUGAAUCCGCCGCCGGCGACAGCUUUCCGCCUCGAAAGGUUCAUCGUCGCUCUGCCAGCGAUAUUCCUCUAGGGUUCCUACCCGCCGCUCCUCCAUCGCUGAAGCUGAAUCCUAGUUUCGACCGGGCCGAGGGCGCCGGAGAUAGGAAACCUGACCGGAAUGUCUCCGACGACCUCUUUGAUGCGUUCCUCAAUUUGGAUGGAUAUCGCGAGGAAAUGGACAGCAGGGGUGGCGGAACCAGCAGGAACGGUGCUUAUAGCAGCGAGAGCGAGGCUGAGAGCAAUGCGAUUGACUGCGCUGCGGUUGCUGAAUCAGCUUCCGCUGCUACGCAUCCGCGGCACUUCAGGAGCAUUUCAAUGGAUGGAUUGAUGAGAAGACUAAACUUCGGUGAGGAAUCAGCUAGGGUUCCGCCGUCUCCUGGGUCGAAGAGAAGUCAGGGUUGUCAGAGCGAGUUGAUGGAUGGAUCAUUUAGCUUGGAAUUCGGGAAUGGAGAGUUUAGCGGUGCGGAGCUAAAGAAGAUCAUGUCGGACAAAAGAUUGGAGGAGAUCGCUCUUGCCGACCCAAAGCGUGCCAAAAGGGUAUUAGCUAAUCGGCAGUCUGCUGCUCGUUCAAAGGAACGAAAGAUGAGGUAUAUUUCAGAGUUGGAACGCAGAGUUCAGACGUUGCAGACUGAAGCCACUACAUUAUCUACGCAGCUGACUUUGCUGCAGAGAGACUCAUCUGGGCUUGCUACUCAGAACAAUGAACUAAAGAUUAGGCUUCAAUCCAUGGAGCAGCAGGCACAACUACGAGAUGCUCUCAAUGAAGCGCUGACAACGGAGGUCCAGCACCUGAGGCUAGCUACCAACCAGAUGGAUGAUUCACUUCCCAAGCAGAUCAAAACAACAAAUACAAUCAAAUCCUAAGAUGUGUGAGUACCAAUACCAUCAUCAUAAGCAGAAUACUCUAUCUGUCCUCGUGAGCUACAGAACUAUAGUUAUUGCUUGAUGUGCACCUGUUGUCUGUGUCGUCUUCUCUAUGUUCCUCAUCUCACGGCAACUUUUUCGAAAAUUUUACUUAUUCGAUUGAUUGUAACAUUAGGAAAUUUCAUGUCAUUCACUGAUGCAAGGGUGUUUAUUUUGUACCUCUUGAUAAUGUAAAAAUUUCUCCAUGGAAACUUCUGAAAUAAGAAUCAGAUUAUUCGACCAGUAAUCUUCA